GUUUCGGUUUCCGUUUUCUCAAUUGUAAUUAAGUUCCCCCGCCGCUCCGCCUCUCAGCUAGGAUCCAUUUCUGGGAAAAUCCCUACCCUCCUGGCGGCGGCCUCCUCCCAUACAGCUUUAAAAGGGAGCCGGCUCCCAGCCUGGCAGACGCUGCGCGGGACCGAGCCGGGAUGACGAGCGAGCAGCGCCGGAAUCUGCUCACCUUCCAAGACUAUGUCAGGAAGAUUCUGGAUCCUACUCACAUUCUCUGCUACAUGGCCCCCUGGUUUAGGGAGGAUAAGAUGCAGUAUAUUCAAGCUGAGAAAAACAACAGGGGCCCGAUGGAGGCUGCCUCACUUUUCCUACAGUUCCUUUUGGAACUCCAGGAGGAAGGAUGGUUCCGUGGCUUUUUGGAUGCCUUAAACCAAGCAGGUUAUUCUGGACUUUAUGAAGCCAUUGAAAAUUGGGAUUUCAACAAAAUUGAAAAGUUAGAAGUGUACAGAACACUUUUAAAACGUUUGCAACCAGAAUUUAAAAACAGAAUUAUUCCUUUAGAAAUCCUUCCUGAACUAGCUGAAUGUUUAAUUAGUCAGGAAUGUGAAGAAAUUAGACAGACUUGUUACAACAAGGGGAUGAUAGCAGGUUCAGAGAAACUGAUCGAAUGCCUUCUGAAAUCAGACAAGGAGAACUGGCCCAAGGUUUUGAAACUUGCUUUGGAGAAGGAACAGAACAACCUCAGUGAAAUGUGGCUGGUAGAGAAAGGUGAAAAAGAUAUUGAAAAUAAAGAUCUGGAGGAUGAUGAAAUGGAAACUUCUGAAAUACACAUUUUCUUCCAGGAAGAUCCAGAACACCAGAAUCUUAGUCAGAAUUCCCAGGCACCCUCAGAAAUGUCUCGAACUAACUUGAAACCAAGAAAUUACCAACUAGAGCUUGCUUUGCCUGCUAAGGAAGGAAAAAAUACAAUAAUAUGUGCUCCUACUGGUUGUGGGAAAACCUUAGUUUCACUUCUUAUUUGUGAACAUCAUCUUAAAAAUUUUCCACAAGGACGAAAAGGGAAAGUUGCUUUUUUUGCUAAUCAUGUCCCUGUGUAUGAGCAGCAGAAGUCUGUGUUCUUGAGCUAUUUCGAAAGGCUUGGGUACAGUGUUGCAGGCAUUUCUGGAGCAACAACUGAAAAUGUCCCAGUAGAACAGACUAUCAAGAACAAUGACAUCAUCAUUUUAACACCCCAGAUUAUUGUGAACAAUCUCAAAAAUGGAACUAUUCCAUCACUGUCUGUCUUUACUUUGAUGAUAUUUGAUGAAUGCCAUAACACCAAUAAACACCACCCAUACAAUAUGAUCAUGUUCAAUUAUCUAGAUCAGAAACUUGGAGGAUCUUCAGACCCACUGCCCCAGGUUGUUGGGCUGACUGCCUCAGUUGGCGUUGGGGAUGCCAAAACCACAGAUGAAGCCAUGCUUUACAUCUGCAAACUGUGUGCUUCUCUUGAUGCAACAGUGAUAGCAACAGUCAGAGACAACUUGGAGGAACUGGAGCAAGUGGUUUAUAAGCCCCAGAAAUUUUCCAGAAAAGUGGAAUCACGGACUACCAACAAAUUUAAAUUCAUCGUAUCUCAGCUGAUGAGGGACAUAGAGAGUCUGGCAAGGAAUAUCUGUGCAGAAUUUGGAAACUUAUUUCAAACUCAAAAUGGGGACUUUGGAACACAGAAGUAUGAACAACGUAUCGUUGGAGUUCAUAAAGCAGGCAUGGUGUUUCGACUGCCAGACAAAGAGGAAGAGAGCAGGAUUUGCAAAGCACUAUUUCUGUAUACUUCAUACUUGAGGAAAUAUAAUGAUUCCCUCAUUAUCAGUGAGGAUGCACAAAUGAAAGAUGCUCUGAAUUACUUGAAAGACUUCUUCAACAAUGUCCGAACAGCGGGAUUUGAUGAGACUGAGCAAGAUCUUACUUGGAGGUUUGAAGAAAAACUGGAGGAACUAGAAAGUGUUUGCAGAGAUCCCAGCAAUGAGAACCCUAAACUCAACGACCUCUGCCUCAUCUUACAAGAAGAGUACCACUUAUAUCCAGAGACCAGAACCAUUCUUUUCGUGAAAACCAGAGCACUUGUGGAUGCUUUAAAGAAAUGGAUUAAAGAAAAUGCUGCACUCAACUUUCUAAAACCUGGUGUAUUGACUGGUCGUGGCAGAACAAAUCAGAAUACAGGCAUGACCCUCCCAGCACAGAAGUGUGCACUGGAUGCAUUCAGAGAAGAUAAAGAUAAUAUUCUGAUUGUCACCUCAGUUGCUGAUGAAGGCAUCGACAUUGCUCAGUGCAAUCUGGUCAUCCUGUAUGAGUACGUGGGCAAUGUCAUCAAAAUGAUCCAAACCAGAGGCAGAGGAAGAGCAAGAGGUAGCAAAUGCUACCUUCUGACUAGUAAUGCUGAUGUAAUCGAAAAAGAAAAUAUAAACAUGUACAGGGAAGAAAUGAUGAAUGACUCCAUUUCAAAACUUCAGACAUGGGAUAAAACGGAAUUUGAAAAAAAAGUUCACAGUAUACAGAUACAUGAUAAAUUCAUCAGAGAUAGUCAACCCAAAUCAAAACCUGUCCCUGAUAAGAAAAAUAAAAAACUGCUCUGUGGAAAGUGCAAAACCUUGGCAUGUUACACGGCUGAUGUACGCGUGGUAGAGACAUGCCAUUACACUGUGGUUGGAGAUGAUUUUAAGGAACGCUUUGUGAGGAAACCACACCCCAGACCGAAGAACUAUGGGGGUUUUGAAAAGAAAGCAAAGAUAUUCUGUGCCAAAGAGAGCUGCAGACAUGACUGGGGAAUCCACGUGAAGUAUAAGGAAUUUGAGAUUCCAGUCAUAAAAAUUGAAAGUUUUGUAGUGGAAGAUAUUGCAACUGGAGUUCAAACACGGUACUCAAAGUGGAAAGAUUUUCAUUUUGAGAAGAUACAGUUUGAUGCUGCAGAAUAUCCAAAUGACUUCAGGGCCUGAGUCUUUAGCUACAGGGAAUGGUGAGUGAAGAAAUUAACCCUGUGGGUAAUCACCCAUUGCUUGUGCCUCUAUGAAGGUAUUUUACACAAGGCUUAUACUGUAUUGCUCACUCUCAGUUAACUUCACCUUCUGUUGGUUUUGAACAGUUUGUACUACAUCAUAUAUGCAAAACACAUGUGAGUGAAUUCUCAUACAUUGCUGGUGGGACUGCAAAUAGGCACAACCACUAUGGAAAGCAGUAUGGAGAUUCCUCAGAAAACUUGGAAUAGAACCACCAUUUGACCCAGCUAUCCCACUCCUCAGUCUACACC